UCUCCGGUCCUUGUUAGUGGCGCCAUGGGUCACCAGCAGCUCUACUGCAGUCACCCUCGCAAAUUUGGCCAGGGGUCUCGGUCAUGCCAUGUCUGUUCGGACCGGCAUGGCCUGAUCCACAAGUAUGGCCUGAACGUGUGCCGUCAGUGCUUCCGGCAGUAUGCAAAAGACAUCAGCUUCAUCAAGUUGGACUAA